ACGGGAGGCGCAGGAGGACCCUUUCACACGUUACGCAGCCCGCGUUUGCAACUCCAGUGUACGCUCGGUAGCGAGGACUGGCUUCACAUCCCUGCGUCCUUUGUUUCGAAUCAGCCCUUGAUGCUACUGAAUGUAUGUGGGCUGAUUCCGUUGGAAAGCGUGGCGUGAGGAAUGCGUGUUCCAUCUGGUCCAUCUGUGAAUGGCUGCCCACAAAUGCGAGUUCAGUGGUGGGCACGUCUGUGUGAAGCAGCAGCUCUGCACCUUCGCCAGUCCUUUUUACCUGAACGUACCGACCUGCCCCCUCUUGCUGAGGGUCUUCACCACCAACAAUGGGCGCCAUCAUCGAAUGGAUGAGUUUGCCCGUGGAAAUGUCCCCUCCAGUGAGUUGCAGAUCUACACUUGGAUGGAUGCAACUCUAAAAGAACUGACUAGUUUAGUGAAAGAAGUCUAUCCAGAAGCAAGAAAGAAGGGCACACACUUCAACUUCGCAAUCGUUUUCACAGAUCUCAAAAGGCCUGGUUACAGGGUGAAGGAGAUCGGCAGUACAAUGUCAGGCAGAAAAGGCACAGAUGAUUCCAUGACUCUGCAGUCUCAAAAGUUCCAGAUAGGAGACUACCUGGACAUAGCAAUUACUCCUCCAAAUCGAGCACCACCUCCAUCAGGCCGCAUGAGACCUUACUAAUAUUUUGCUCUCUUCCCACAAGCACAUCCUCUGUAUGUUCACAUGUUGCUUAGGAAAAGGCUUUGUGUGUGUGAAAUGCAAAAAUGGUGGAAAACUCAAGUCUUGGAAAUAGUAAAAUUAUUUUAAUUUGUUACUACAUAUAUUUUAGAAGAGCUAUCUCUAGCUGCUUGGCUAGUUUUUCUUUCCCUGAUUACUCUGAAUUUGAAAUUGCCCUGUGCUUCCAAAGUGUAAGGAGUAUGGCUAAAACACCACAAGUAGUAGAUUUUUGAAACAUUGUAACUGUUAUAACGUAUGUGUGGAGAUUAAAAUGGAUGUAUUUCUUAAAUCAA